AUGGCGACUACAUCGAAUAUGUUUCUGUACUCGCUUUCGCUCCAGCCUCCGACAGCCAUUUCACAAGCCAUCGUCGGCUAUUUCUCUGGCACCAAGGAACAGCAAAUUCUGACCGUAUCUGGCUCUAUUCUGACCCUACAUCGCCCUAAUUCGCCUCACGGCAGAGUCCAGCCAUUACUUUCGCAUGACCUCUUCAGUAUAAUCCGUUCGAUUGUUUCUUUCCGCCUCGCGGGAAGCUCUAAGGAUUACAUUAUCGUGUCAAGUGACUCUGGUCGCAUCGCUGUUCUCGAGUAUCUACCAGCUGAAAACCGUUUCUCUCGCAUUGCCUUGGAGACAUUUGGCAAGUCAGGCGUGCGCAGAACCGUUCCAGGUGAAUAUCUAGCUGUCGAUCCAAAAGGCAGAGCCUGUAUGAUUGCGUCUAUUGAAAAGAACAAGCUCGUCUACGUCCUCAAUCGCAACGCCCAAGCCGAACUCACCAUUUCUUCCCCUCUUGAAGCGCAUAAACAUGGAGUGCUUGUUCUAUCUCUGGUGGCUCUCGACGUGGGCUAUUCGAAUCCCGUCUUUGCAUCUCUUGAGAUCGACUAUUCAUGGUCAGACCAGGAUCCCUCUGGCCAAGUGACGCCCAAUGUUGAGCUUGUGUACUACGAAUUGGAUCUAGGCCUCAAUCACGUGGUCCGUAAAUGGUCCGAAUCUGUUGACUCUACGGCAUCGUUACUCUUCCAAGUCCCCGGUGGAAAUGAUGGCCCAAGCGGCGUCCUUGUCUGUGGAGAGGACAGUCUUACAUACCAACACUCGAGACAGGACCCUCUCCGUGUCCCCAUUCCACGGCGUAGAGGACUUACAGAAGACCCCCAACGGAAGCGUACUAUCGUUGGUGGUGUGAUGCACAAGCUCAAGAAUAGUCUUGAGGCGUUCUUUUUUCUGCUGCAGUCAGAAGAUGGCGACAUUUUCAAGCUGACGUUUGACUUGCAUGAAGACGAAGGUGCUCUGACAGGACAGGUGCGGCGCAUCAAGAUCAAGUAUUUCGAUACUCUUCCUGUUGCGAGCAAUCUGUGUAUUCUCAAGAGUGGGUUUCUUUUUGUCGCUACUGAGUCUGGCAAUCAUCAUUUUUAUCAAUUCGAGAAGCUCGACGACGACGAUUCAGAGCCCCCAUUUAUCAGCGACGAUUUUCCUCCCGACCAUCCUUCUGGGUAUCAGCCUGUCUACUUCUACCCACGUCCUCUAGAGAAUCUCACCUUGGUAGAAAGCCUUGAAUCUUUAAGCCCUCUCAUGGACUGCAAGGUUGCUGAUUUGACUGGGGACGGUGCACCGCAGAUCUAUUCAGUAUCCGGCAACGGCGCAAGGAGUCAUUUUCGGAUUCUCAAGCACGGGCUAGAGAUUAACGAGGUCGCAACAUCGGAGCUACCCGGGACAGUCUAUGGUGUCUGGGCCACGAGGUUAAAGAGACACGACAAGUACGACGCGUAUAUCAUCUUGACCUCGCCUGAUAACACAUUGGUCAUGAGUGUCGGAGAUGAAGUCGAGCAAGUAGACGAUUCAGGAUUUCUCACCUCUGUGACCACCCUCGCCAUACAGCAAGUCGCGGACGACGGUCUGGUACAAGUCCACCCCCGAGGCAUCCGGCAUCUACGUGGCGGGGAAAUCAACGAAUGGCAUGUUCCCGAACAUCGGCAUAUCGUAGCCGUUGCUACAAAUGAGCGACAGAUUGCUGUUGCUUUAAGCUCAGGAGAGAUUGUCUAUUUUGAAGUAGAUAGUGAUGGAUCACUUGAUGAGUAUAAUGAGAGAAAGGAGAUAUCUAGCACCGUAACGUGUCUCAGUUUGGAAUCAGUCCCUGAGGGUCGAGUCCGAAGCCCUAUGUUGGCGGUGGGAUGCGAAGAUUGCACUGUUCGAAUCCUAAGCUUGGACCCAGAUUUCACGCUUGAGAGGAAAUCUAUACAAGCGCUGACUGCGGAACCCUCGGCGCUAAGCAUUAUGACGAUGGAAGACCCCGUAUCCAGUAGCUCAGGACUGUACCUGCACAUUGGUCUGAGCUCUGGUGUGUAUCUACGAACUAGGCUGGAUGAAACCACAGGAGAGUUAUCAGAUACGCAGACAAGGUUCCUUGGUCUCAAGGCUAUUAAGCUUUUCCAGGUAACCGUCAGGGGGAAAGCCUGUGUUUUAGCACUUGGGACUAAACCUUGGUUGGCUUAUACCGACCCGAGACGAGGAUUCAUGAUGACGCCUCUUGAUUGUGAUGAGCUGGAGUGGGGAUGUAACUUUAGUAGUGAGCAGUGCGAAGAGGGUAUCAUCGCAAUUCGCGCCAACUUCCUCCACAUAUUCUCCAUCGAGAACCUAUCCGAUAAGAUGGUCCGAAAAUCGAUAUCUCUGACCUACGCACCACGACAUUUUGUUAAGCAUCCUCAUGAGCCCUACUUCUAUACAAUCGAAGCAGACAACAAUACACUAUGUCCUAAGUUACGAAAGCAGCUACUGGGGGCCACCGAAAGCCAAAAUGAAGAGGAUGCCAAAUUACUCCGACCAGCGGACUUUGGCUAUCCGCGUGGUCGUGGCCGAUGGGCGUCAUGCAUAAGCGUUGUCGAUCCACUCGGUGAACAUGUACUUCAGAAGAUCGAACUCGAAGACAACGAGGCUGCGAUGAGUGUUGCAGUGGUUUCAUUCACUGGCCAAGAUGGCGACAGCUUUCUAAUUGUUGGCACAGGGAAGGACAUGAUCCUUAAUCCCAGGCAAUUCUCAGAGGGUUAUAUCCAUGUCUACCGAUUUCAGAAGAACGGCAGACAGCUGGUGUUUAUCCACAAGACCAAGGUAGAGGAGUCUCCGAUGGCGCUUGUGGCUUUCCAAGGUCGGCUAGUCGCAGGAAUCGGCAAAGCCUUGCGAAUUUAUGAUCUGGGCUUGAAGCAGUUACUUCUAAAAGCCCAUGCUGAGGUGGCACCGCAGUUGAUUGUCUCCCUUGAUGCCCAAGGGAACCGUAUCGUUGUUGGAGAUCUCCAGCAGGGCGUGACGAUGGUUGAGUUAGAUAAUGAACAUCAGAAGCUGAUCCCGUUCGUUGACGACACAGUUGCACGCUGGACAACCUGUACUGGGAUGAUCGACUAUGAAUCGGUGAUAGGCGGAGACAAAUUCGGUAACAUCUGGAUUGUGCGAUGUCCUAACAAGGCGAGUCAAGAGGCAGGCCAGCGUGGAAAUCGCCUCAACAAUGCACAGGACCAUCUUCAAGACGCACCAAAUCGCUUCGACUCAAUCGCCCAUUUCUUUACCCAAGACAUACCGACCAGCAUCACCAAGGCCAGCCUCGUCGUGGGCGGGCAGGACGUCAUUGUCUGGAGCGGCUUGCAAGGCACCAUCGGCGUACUCAUCCCCUUCGUCACACGCGAGGACGCUGAGUUCUUCCACAAACUCGAAGGACAGAUGCGUGCUGAAGACCCGUCACUUGUUGGUCGCGAUCACCUGAUGUAUCGCAGCUAUUACGUGCCGACCAAGGGCGUCAUAGACGGAGAUCUCUGCGAGCGGUUCAGAUUACUCUCUAUAGAGAAAAAGGAGCGGAUCGCGGGCGAGCUGGAUCGCACAGUGGCGGAAAUUGAACGGAAAAUCUCGGAAGCUCGAACCCGGUCCGCAUUCUAG